CCUCUUGAACUUACACGAAAAAUCCUCCGAGAUAAACUGAAAAAGAAGAAUUCUGGUCAGCCCAUUCCAGUAUUUCCAUCCUGGGUAUAUGAGAGACCUGCGCUUAUUGGUGAUUUCUUAAUUGGCACCGGUUUAAGCACUGACACAACAGUACCUAUAGGUACUUUGCCGUUAGCCUCCCAAGAAUCCAUGAUUGUGGAAGACUUACUCUACGUUCUCAUUGGUGUGGAUGGAAGAUAUAUCACAGCACAGCCUCUCGUAGGCAGGCAGAACCGAGGGUUUUCAGUUGAUCCAAACUUGGACUUGUCCAUCAAAGAGCUGGUAACCAGGAUUCUUCCUGUAGCAGCAAGUUACUCUGCUGUCACCAGAUUUAUAGAGGAGAAGUCUUCCUUUGAGUAUGGACAGGUAAAUCAUGCUCUGGCUGCAGCUAUGCGGACUCUAAUCAAGGAAUACAUGAUACUGAUUACCCAACUGGAACAUCUUCAGAGACAGGGACUUCUGUCACUGCAGAAACUCUGGUUUUAUAUCCAGCCCACAAUGAGGACCCUAGAGAUUCUUGCUUCACUUGCUACUUCUGUGGAUAAAGGUGAGUGUAUGGGAGGCUCCACCCUGAGCUUACUCCACGACAAGACUUUCAAUUACACGGGGGACAGCCAGGCCCAGGAGCUGUGCCUGUAUUUAACCAAGGCAGCCAGCGUGCCUUAUUUUGAAAUUCUGGAAAAGUGGAUAUAUCGAGGCAUCAUCAACGAUCCGUACAGUGAGUUCAUGGUGGAGGAACAUGAGCUGCAGAAGGAGAAAAUUCAAGAGGACUAUAACGACAAGUAUUGGGAUCAAAGAUACACUGUUGUUCAGCAACAAAUUCCCUCAUUCUUGCAGAAAAUGGCUGACAAAAUACUAAGCACGGGAAAGUACUUAAAUGUUGUGCGAGAAUGCGGACGUGAUGUUACCUGCCCUGUGGCUAAAGAGGUCAUCUAUACUUUAAAAGAGCGAGCAUAUGUGGAACAAAUAGAAAAAGCAUAUAACUACGCUAGCAAAGUUCUUCUGGAUUUCCUAAUGGAGGAGAAAGAGCUGGUGGCUCACCUGAGGUCUAUAAAACACUAUUUCCUGAUGGAUCAAGGGGACUUUUUUGUUCACUUCAUGGAUCUCACAGAAGAGGAGCUUAAGAAGCCUGUGGACGACAUCGUAACUACAAGACUAGAGGCUCUGCUUGAAUUAGCCCUGCGAAUGAGCACAGCCAACACGGAUCCUUUCAAGGACGAUUUAAAG